AUGAACCAAUCAACCACAGACCCUAAUGGACCCAUGUACUUUGGCGGUCUGUACCACUUGUUCUAUCAGUACAAUCCCAAAGGUGCGGUUUGGGGCAACAUUGUUUGGGCCCAUUCAGUGUCCAAGGAUCUGAUCAAUUGGGAGGCCCUUGAGCCUGCAAUAUACCCAUCCAAGCCCUUUGACAUAAAUGGAUGUUGGUCCGGCUCCGCCACUAUUCUCCCUGGCAACAAGCCCAUUAUCCUCUACACUGGAAUCGACCCCCAAAACCGCCAGGUCCAAAACUACGCCAUCCCGGCAAACUCAUCCGACCUGUACCUCCGCGAAUGGAUCAAGCCCGAUAACAACCCUCUAGUGGUCCCAGAUGCCGGUAUGAACGCAACCGCAUUCCGUGACCCGACAACAGCUUGGUGGAUCGAUGGGCAUUGGAAGAUGUUGGUGGGUGGCAAAAGGAAGCAUAGGGGAGUGGCCCAUUUGUAUAGGAGCAAGGACUUCAUGCAUUGGGUCAAGGCCCAUCACCCAUUUCACUCGGCUCCCCAUACGGGUAUGUGGGAAUGCCCGGAUUUUUACCCGGUUCCAUCGGAUGGCAAAUUCGGGUUGGACACAUCAAAUUUUGGUGCGGAUGUGAAGCAUGUCAUGAAAGUGAGCCUUGAUGAGACUAGGUAUGAAUAUUACACACUCGGAAAAUAUUUUCCUGAGAAAGAUAGGUAUGUUCCUGAUAAAGCCUUGGUGGAUGGUUGGUCUGGGUUGAGAUAUGACUAUGGCAACUUUUAUGCAUCCAAGAGUUUCUUUGAUCCUGCAAAGAGUAGGAGAAUUUUGUGGGGGUGGGCCAAUGAGUCUGAUACAUCUCAAGAAGAUGUUGCUAAGGGAUGGGCCGGAAUUCAGACAAUACCAAGGGUGGUGUGGCUCAGUCCAGAUGGGAAACAAUUAUUGCAAUGGCCUAUUGAAGAACUAGAAACUCUAAGAGGGCAAAAGGUCGAGUUGAACAUUCAAAAGCUCAAACUAGGAGAUUAUGUUGAAGUUAAAGGAAUAACUGCGGCUCAGGCCGAUGUUGAUGUUCUCUUCACAAUCCCUAGCUUGGACAAAGCCGAAGAUUUUGACCCUAGCUGGACCAGCCUCGAUGCCCAAAGACUGUGUGGCCUAAAGGGUUCAAAAAUUCAAGGUGGCCUUGGGCCUUUUGGACUUUUGACAUUAGCAUCACAAAACCUAGAGGAAUUCACUCCUGUUUUCUUCAGGAUUUUUAAAGCUCAAGGCAGCAGGCACCUAGUUCUCAUGUGCUCUGAUGCAACAAGUUCGUCUCUGCAGAACAACCUGUACAAACCAUCAUUUGCUGGCUUUGUGGAUGUAGAUUUGACUUCUUACAAGAAGCUUUCCCUCAGGAGUUUGAUUGAUCAUUCUGUUGUUGAAAGUUUUGGACCUGGAGCAAAAACAUGCAUCACAUCUAGGGUUUAUCCAACUCUAGCAGUUAACAAGGAAGCUCACUUGUUUGUGUUCAACAAUGGGACUGAGACUAUUACUGUAGAGAGCCUCACUGCAUGGAGUAUGAAUGCUCCUCAACAGAUGAACGCAUAG